CCAAACAAACAAAUAAACAUUUCAGUGAGAUUUAAUCGACUAGCAACAAUGGCUGAUGAGGUGAUUCUUCUUGAUUACUGGCCAAGUAUGUUUGGAAUGAGAACGAGGGUUGCUCUAGAGGAGAAGAACAUCAAGUUCGACUACAGAGAACAAGACCUAUUCAAUAAAAGCCCGAUUCUCCUCGAGAUGAACCUGGUUCAUAAGAAAAUCCCGGUUCUCAUCCACAAUGGUAAACCGGUUUGCGAAUCUCUCAUCCAGGUCGAGUACAUCGACGAGACUUGGCCAGGGGGCAACCCACUCCUACCUUCUGAUCCUUACCAAAGAGCUCAAGCCAAGUUUUGGGGAGAUUUCAUCGACAAAAAGGUGUAUGGUCCAACGAGGUUGAUAUGGGGAGCGAAAGGAGAGGAGCAAGAGGUGGGAACGAAGGAGUUCAUCGAGAUGCUCAAGAUGCUAGAGUCUGAGCUUGGAGACAAGACAUACUUUGGAGGUGAAACAUUUGGCUAUGUGGAUAUAGCUCUGAUUGGAUUCUACUGCUGGUUCGACAUUUUGGAGAAGUGUGGAAAUUUUAGUAUUGAUGCAGUGUGUCCAAAGCUGAUUGCUUGGGCUAAAAGGUGUAUGAAGAGAGACAGUGUGGCUAAGUCUCUUCCUGACUCAGACAAGAUCAAUAAAUUCGUUCCUGAGCUAAAGAAAAAAAUUGGUAUCGAAUAGUUCUUAUAAUUUAAUUUAUGUUCUGUUAAUUUAAAAUAUCUU